AUGCUCAAAGAGGGAUUCACUUUCAACCAAAUUCUGAGGAAGUUGAGAGCUGAAUGUAGGAAUCAGGAGAGAAAUAGCCUACUGUACAACACUACAGCACAGGAUAAGGAACAUAGCCAGACGGCACAACAUGGAGCCCGGAAAAAGCAUGCCCUCGAUCUGGAGUCAGUUGAAAUUAGAGUGAACGAGGCUUCCGAAGAAGAUGGAUUCGGCCUUACCUUCGUGCCACCGACGAGUCUGAAGAUGGAUGAAAGAGGCUUGUUCGAGGGGCGAUAUCGCCUUCGACAGCAACAUCGUCAGCACGAGAAAGCAGUCAAAUGGUUCCGAAAAAAACAGGAGGAUGUCCAGGUGGAGGGGAGCGGGCAGUGGAAAGUGACUGAAGGAGGGGCGAUCUACAAUGUGUGCCAGUUGGAGUGUCCUUGCGAUCCAGAGGCGAGGAAAGUAGCAAUGUGA